GUCUUCCAUCAAUUUACAGAAUAUAAAGUACAAACUCUAUGAUUAAUGAUGUUAAGAAAGUACGGCAACAUUCCUAUUGAUUGCCGGUAGUGUGUAUACAUUGUAAUCGUAGUAUGAAGCUCAAAUUUGUGACCGCGAGCCUCUGCGAAACAUAAACAUCCUUUCGUUAUGCCUACGUAUAAUUUCUUCCAAUUUAUAUGUAAAGAAACAAUUCCGGAAGUAUUCAGAAAGGUAGUGUGAGGAAACAUUAAGAAUAUACAGUUACAUCUUUGCUACCGGGUGUUUCUUGGAACGUGCAAGCGGUCGCAAAUUUUGCGUCACUCUCUGUGUACCGUGGAGUUUCCGCGCAAAAGCAUUCCAGCUACGAUCGAGUGAAUAAGAAACAUCCAAAAAGGAACCAGUUUAAAGAGAUCGUAAGCCGCUGGCUCUUGUUGGGUACGGGUUUUCAAAAGCAUUGCUGACCGUGUUUAGCAAGCAUGACAAGAAAGGAUGUGAAUAGUGCACCACCCGAAGCGGAGACGGCCGCGGUCACCCCGGGCAACGCUGAAGGAGGUGAUAAAAUUGUGCUCAAACGAAAGAUCACACUUAUCAAUGGAGUUGGCAUCAUCGUGGGAACAAUUAUCGGUUCCGGUAUAUUCAUUUCACCAACAGGUGUUUUUGUCUUCACAAAGUCAGUUGGAUCUUCGCUGGUCAUCUGGACUCUCAGUGGCAUCCUGUCGACGCUAGGUGCCCUUUGCUAUGCCGAGCUAGGAACAUGCAUUACACGCUCCGGCGGAGAUUAUGCGUAUCUGCUGGUCGCGUUCGGACCACUUGUUGGAUUUCUUCGCCUGUGGAUGGCACUGCUUAUCAUUCGUCCUACCACGCAGGCUAUCGUGGCAUUAACCUUCGCGCAGUAUGCGGUUAGGCCAUUCUUCGAAGAUUGUGAGGCACCAGAGAUGGCGGUUCGUUUACUAGCAGCCGUUUGCCUUUGUUUCCUCACCGCCAUCAACUGCAUCUCGACCAAAUGGGCCAUGAAAAUUCAGGAUGUGUUUACGAUCGCCAAACUAACGGCCCUGAUUUCCAUCAUCCUUGCCGGGAUGUACUUCAUGGCUACAGAAACUCUGGACAACUUCCACAAUCCUUGGGAGGGCGACUACGCGCUAUCCAGCUUAGCUUAUGCAUUCUACUCCGGACUGUUUGCUUUCGGUGGAUGGAACUAUCUGAACUUCGUUACGGAAGAGCUGGAAAAUCCUUACAAAAAUCUUCCUCGUGCAAUCUGGAUCGCGAUGCCCAUGGUAACUGGUAUCUACGUUUUUGUCAACAUGGCCUACUUUGCGGUGGUGUCGCGUCAGGAAAUGCUCGCCUCGAUCGCCGUAGCGGUGUCGUUCGGUAAUCGCAUGUUCGGGUCCGUAUCCUGGCUGAUUCCGAUCUUUGUAGCCCUCAGUACAUUCGGCGGCGUAAAUGGAAUCCUGUUCACAUCGGCCCGCUUGUUCUCCACUGGAGCGCAAGAAGGUCACUUACCGGCAUGGUUUUCACUAGUGCACGUGGACCGUCAGACGCCCAUACCGGCACUCAUUUUCACCUGCAUCACUUCAAUAAUCAUGCUUCUAUCGGCCAACGUGUUCGUGCUGAUCAACUACUUUAGCCAGAUUCUGUGGCUUUCCGUUGCUGCCAGCAUUGCCGGCCUACUUUGGUUGAGGAUCUCAAAACCAAAUAUGCCUCGGCCGAUUCGAGUGAAUCUAGCCCUACCGAUUAUUUUCCUGAUAUGCUGUCUAGGGCUGGUACUGUUACCAUCGUUUUCCGAACCGUUCAACCUGCUCGUUGGUCUUGCUAUCACACUUUCCGGUGUGCCAAUCUACUACGUGUGCAUUGUUUGGCGUAGCAAUAAGCAGUCGAAAAAUUUCUUCAUGCAAUGGAUAGAACGGGGUUGCCAAAUAUUAUUCAAUGCUGCAUUUGUUGACUGUCAUCAUGAUCGUAAGCGGGAUCCUGAAUUUUCUGAAAUGCAGACCAGCAUCGAGGACAAAAGUGUGAGCCAUUAAGGUGAUCUACGGUCAUUCGUAUUAUGUAUGCUCUACGUGCUUGGUAACAUAGGCGAUUGAGCAUAUUUCUGGCUAAUAGUUUGCCUAGUUCAACGUGUAUCGAUCAAUGUGCGGAUAUUUUGUAUCAGGAAUCUCUAAGAUUUACAACGGUAACGAAUGAACGUGAAAGAUCAAAUCACAAAACAUGAAUCAGCACAUAAUAAUAACAACAGAGCUAGUUGGUUAGCACCGAACCACGAAUAAGGAAUGCUACAACAUUUGUUUGUAACGACUAGGGCAUCGAAAUAUACAUUUAGUUAAGGUUUUAUAAACCGGAAAUCCGAUACACCGAACAUCUGCGACGAAGAAGUUUCCUACUGUGAAGGUUUACUCUAUGAUCUUUGCUUAUAUGAAUGUACUUAAAAUGUGUACGAAGAAUAUAAUAAAUAUACAGAAACAUCGUUGUCUCAAGUGCUAGAAGAA